AUGAAAGGCUUGGUUUACAGUAGCGUGGAUUCGAACCUCCGAUCGAUUGCAGUGGCAGCGGAACCUCUCACCAAGCAGUGGAAACAAUUAUUAUUAUUAUUAUUAUUAUUAUUAUUAUUAUUAUUAUUAUUAUUAUUAUUAUUAUUAUUAUUAUUAUUAUUAUUAUUAUUAUUAUUAUUAUUAUUAUUAUUAUUAUUAUUAUUAUUAUUAUUAUUAUUAUUAUUAUUAUUAUUAUUAUUAUUAUUAUUAUUAUUAUUAUUAUUAUUAUUAUUAUUAUUAUUAUUAUUAUUAUUAUUAUUAUUAUUAUUAUUAUUAUUAUUAUUAUUAUUAUUAUUAUUAUUAUUAUUAUUAUUAUUAUUAUUAUUAUUAUUAUUAUUAUUAUUAUUAUUAUUAUUAUUAUUAUUAUUAUUAUUAUUAUUAUUAUUAUUAUUAUUAUUAUUAUUAUUAUUAUUAUUAUUAUUAUUAUUAUUAUUAUUAUUAUUAUUAUUAUUAUUAUUAUUAUUAUUAUUAUUAUUAUUAUUAUUAUUAUUAUUAUUAUUAUUAUUAUUAUUAUUAUUAUUAUUAUUAUUAUUAUUAUUAUUAUUAUUAUUAUUAUUAUUAUUAUUAUUAUUAUUAUUAUUAUUAUUAUUAUUAUUAUUAUUAUUAUUAUUAUUAUUAUUAUUAUUAUUAUUAUUAUUAUUAUUAUUAUUAUUAUUAUUAUUAUUAUUAUUAUUAUUAUUAUUAUUAUUAUUAUUAUUAUUAUUAUUAUUAUUAUUAUUAUUAUUAUUAUUAUUAUUAUUAUUAUUAUUAUUAUUAUUAUUAUUAUUAUUAUUAUUAUUAUUAUUAUUAUUAUUAUUAUUAUUAUUAUUAUUAUUAUUAUUAUUAUUAUUAUUAUUAUUAUUAUUAUUAUUAUUAUUAUUAUUAUUAUUAUUAUUAUUAUUAUUAUUAUUAUUAUUAUUAUUAUUAUUAUUAUUAUUAUUAUUAUUAUUAUUAUUAUUAUUAUUAUUAUUAUUAUUAUUAUUAUUAUUAUUAUUAUUAUUAUUAUUAUUAUUAUUAUUAUUAUUAUUAUUAUUAUUAUUAUUAUUAUUAUUAUUAUUAUUAUUAUUAUUAUUAUUAUUAUUAUUAUUAUUAUUAUUAUUAUUAUUAUUAUUAUAUAUAAUUACUUUUGCAGGUAUGCUGGCUGCUUCCCCACGCGACGAAACAACUUUGUUGAACGAAAAGGCGGAUAAUAUUUUGCACGGUUUCAAACUAAACUGGAUGAAUUUACGCGAUGCAGAAAGCGGUCGCGUUUUAUGGCAGAGUACGGAGGAUAUGGCCGAUCCCAACCAUGAGCAUGAGGCACACGUUCCGAAGAGUAUACUUAAAUGUCGGACAGUCUCACGGGAAAUCAACUUUACCUCUGCGGAGAAAAUCGACAAAUUUCGGCUGGAACAACGUGUGUUUUUAAAAGAAAAUAUCAUCGAAGAGUGGUUUUUCGAAUUUGGAUUUGUAAUUCCGGACUCUACUAACACAUGGCAAACACUAAUCGAGGCCGCCCCAGAGUCGCAAAUGUUGCCAGCGUCAUUACUGAGCGGCAAUGUGGUUGUUGAGACGCUUUUCUACGACGAUAAUCUUCUUGUUAGCACCUCAAAAGUUCGCCUUUUCUAUGAAUAG